GUGUGUGUGUGUGUCUAUAUAUACACACACCAGGAGCGAUGGAGCGCACGGUCACACACUCACACAUGUGCGGACUCAUCAUGGCUUGGGUCUGGCAGAUGGUCUCGUGCCUCGGCUCCCUGCUGCUCCUCAGUCACCGCGCCUCCUCUGCAGCUGACGGCUCCCGCAGGUGCAUCAGCAGGAGACGCUGGGACAAGCUCAGUCUCUCGUUUUCCUGGCCGCCGCCGCCGCCGCCGCCGCCCGGCCAGGAAAACAAGCGCACCUGCGCCCAAGCGGGAGGGGACGCGAGUAAACGCUCUCUGGCCCCGUGGAGGUACAAAGUGGACAGAGACGUGGACAGGAUCCCUCCUAACAUGGGCUUUGCAGAGUGCCUGUGUCGAGGCUGCGUGGUGAACCAGCGUGAGGACCUGAGCUACAACUCUGUGCCUGUGACGGUGCAGGUGACGGUGCUGAGGAGGAAACAGUGUCCAACCAACAAGCACAACAAGCACAACAAGCACAAGUAUCUGCUCACCAUCGAGUCCAUCAAAGUCCCCGUGGCCUGCAUGUGUGUCGUCCCCAAAUCCAACAAAUGAUUACUGCCAUCAGACACUUAUUGACAAAAUAAUCCAUCGUUAACUGGGUUGAGUUGGGUUUAUCUCAGUGAAUCAAACCUCUCAUUAAGGGUUUAUUGUUUUGUUUUCUUUAUUUUGCUCAUAUUUUUCCUCAGAUCGAAGUCCCGAGACUGCUGGCUCACAACCAUUGUGAUGGUUAUUUAUUAUUAUUGUUAUUAUUGUUUAUGUUGUUGUGUUUAUGUGUCUCGGGAGUUACGACACAGCGGUCACAGAAGAGUUAAAGGUGCAGAAUUAUGAAAAGAAAUUGAAGAAGUGGUUUGAAAUUCGCCAUCAUCUGAACAGUAUUUUGUAUGUAGUAUUCAGUUGGUUGCAGCAUGCAACUUCACCCCGAAAUGCAGCUAAAUCUGGUCCUUUAAAGCUUUAUAUAUAUUUUUUUUUUUUAUUAAAAUUUUUACGUGUGUUACCCUG